CUCAUUCAACAACAACAUGGCAGCUAAAUUGUUCGUGGUCCUGUCCCUGGCCGUGGCGGCGUCGGCCGUGCCGCUGGUGCCGGUGGCGAAGGUGGCGUACGCGGAGGUGGAGGCGCCCGCGCACUACGAGUUCCAGUACUCGGUGCACGACGAGCACAGCGGAGACAUCAAGCAGCAGCAGGAGGCGCGCGCCGGCGACGCCGUGCACGGCUCCUACUCGCUGCUGCAGCCCGACGGCCUGACGCGCGUCGUCGACUACUCCGCCGACAAGGAGCACGGCUUCAACGCCGUCGUGCGCUACGAGGGCCACCCCGCGCCCGCGCCCGCGCACCCCGUCAAGCUCGCCUACGCCGCCCCCGUCGCUAAGGUCGCCUACUCCGCCCCUGUCGCCUACGCCGCCCCCGUCGCCAAGGUUGCCUACGCCGCCCCUGUAGCCAAGGUCGCCUACUCCGCCCCUGUCUCCUACGCCGCCCCCGUCGCCAAGGUUGCCUACGCCGCCCCUGUAGCCAAGGUCGCCUACUCCGCUCCCGUGGCCUACGCCGCCCCCGUUGCCAAGGUCGCCUACUCCGCCCCUGUCUCCUACGCCGCCCCCAUCGCCAAGGUCGCUUACAGCGCCCCCCUUGGCCACGUUACAUUCUCAUCUCCCGCCGUGUCCUACCACCACUAAGUUAUAAGUGUUGAUGUUGUUAUUUAUUGAAAUGGCUAGAUGAUAAUAAAUUAUUUUCAAAUUAA